GGCUCGCGCGUGGCCAUGGGCUCGAGCUGGAGCAGCGAGGAGGAGCGGCAGCCGCUGCUGGGGCCCGGACUUGGGCCUAGGCCAGGGGCUGCCUGGAGAAGCCGGGAGGCGGCGGCGGCGGCGGCCGCGGUGCUGCCGGCGGCGGCCCCGGGCCCCGGGCGGGUGUACGGGCGCCGCUGGCUGGUGCUGCUGCUCUUCUCGCUGCUCGCCUUCGCGCAGGGCCUGGUCUGGAAUACCUGGGGCCCCAUCCAGAACUCGGCGCGCCAGGCCUACGGCUUCUCCAGCUGGGACAUCGCGCUGCUGGUGCUGUGGGGGCCCAUAGGCUUCCUGCCCUGCUUCGCGUUCAUGUGGCUCAUGGACAAGAGAGGUCUUCGGAUAACUGUGCUUCUGACAUCCUUCCUCAUGGUUUUGGGAACUGGUCUAAGAUGCAUACCUGUAUCAGACUUAACACUUAAAAGAAGACUGAUCCAUACAGGACAGAUGUUAAAUGGAUUGGCAGGUCCAACGGUAAUGAACGCAGCUCCGUUCCUCUCCAUGACGUGGUUCUCUGCAGAUGAACGGGCCACUGCCACAGCUAUCGCGUCAAUGCUCAGUUAUCUUGGUGGCGCCUGUGCGUUCUUGGUUGGACCACUUGUUGUUCCAGCUCCAAAUGGGACCUCGCCUCUUCUUGCUGCCGAGAGCAGUAGGGUGCAGAUUAAAGAUCGCAUAGAGACUGUGUUAUACGCAGAAUUUGGAGCUGUCUGCUUGAUAUUUUCUGCAACCCUAGCUUACUUCCCACCCCGGCCUCCUCUUCCUCCCAGCGUUGCUGCAGCUAGCCAGCGGCUGAGUUACCGGCAGAGCUUCUGUAGAUUAUUAAGCAAUUUGAGAUUUUUGAUGAUUGCUUUAGCAUAUGCCAUACCACUUGGUGUAUUCGCUGGCUGGUCUGGAGUUCUGGACUUAAUUUUAACACCAGUGCAUGUGAGCCAAGUAGAUGCCGGCUGGAUUGGAUUCUGGUCCAUAGUUGGAGGCUGUGUUGUUGGAAUAGCUAUGGCAAGGUUUGCAGAUUUUAUCAGGGGUAUGCUGAAACUCAUUCUCCUCCUCCUGUUUACUGGGGCUACCCUGUCAUCCACGUGGUUCACCCUGACCUGUUUGAACAGCGUCACACACCUGCCUUUAACCACAGUGACACUGUAUACCUCCUGUAUUCUCCUGGGCAUAUUCUUGAAUAGCAGCGUACCUAUAUUUUUUGAGCUUUUUGUGGAAACUGUCUACCCAGUUCCAGAAGGAUUUACUUGUGGAGUUGUCACUUUUUUAAGUAAUAUGUUCAUGGGCGUACUUCUGUUUUUUCUCACAUUUUAUCAUACAGAGUUGUCUUGGUUCAACUGGUGCCUUCCCGGGUCAUGUUUGCUCAGUCUUCUCCUCGUUCUGUGCUUCAGGGAAUCCUAUGACAGACUCUAUCUUGACGUGGUUGUCUCGGUUUAAUAACACAGACUUGAGGGAGUUUAAACGGAGACGAGUCAAUGCCACGUGCUGCACAUUUGCUUGGAAUUGCACACCUAACGGGAAAAAAAAGGAGAAGAGAGGAACUUCAUUCAGAGGUCUUGUUAGGCUACAGGUUAUCCCGUCAACUUCAGUACUACUAGGUAAUAUCACGGGACUUAAGUGGCAAUAGGUGAAUUUUAAAACUGUAGGAAUGGCAUAGAGAUGCCUGAUUCUUGGGUUGGAAGUGUGAUGCCUCACACCUAAAACACUACCUAAAUAAUUCCCUCUGUGUUUUGUGCCAGUGCUAAACUACUGAUUGAUGGAUGAAUUGUAAUUAUGGGAAGAAAUCAAGGGCGUCUAGGAUAUGAAGAUAACUCCUUCCCCAAGUCGCAUAUCAAAAUAGGAAGAAAUGCCACUAACUUCUAAAGAAGUUUAAACCCUGUAUCAGAUUUUAAUUAUAAAAUAGCCAAGAGGUGUAUAGAUGAUAGAAAUUAGCCCCAUGUACACUACAGCUUUUCUAAUAAAGCCAUUUCUUAUAUGACUCCUUCUUUGUAAUCAGGUCUGAAACCUUUGACCAUUUAUUCUGGUGACUAAGUGCUUUCCAGUGACUUCGGAGCACACGCAUUGUAUCUCGGUCUAAAGUUACCCUUGUUUCUGUGAAAUACACUGUCAUCUACUGUGCCCUUAAAUAACGAUAGUAAGGGUGACUCCAUGUUUAAUACAGUCGCAUUAAAUAUUGCGUGAAAAAGUUUAAUUCCAUUCUGAGUUAGCACUUUCGUAAACGUGAAAUGACAAACCGCACAGAACAUACCAUGUCUUCAGCCUGUGUAUGUGGUGGCAUGGGAUGUAAAGUCCGGCAUCAACUAUCGUUGACCAGGGUCAGAUUUUAGUAAAUGACCCUUGUUGGAAAAUAACAACUUAUAACGUUGAGACUUUCAGAUCUGUUGAGUGAUGUCUGAAUUACAUUCUCGUCUUUCAAUUCAGGUUGUAAAAUAUUCAAUUGUGUAUGGAGUCAGUCUAUUUGAGAAGGCGGCAUUUUGCUACUAUCUGUUUUCUUCCUGUGGAUGAUAGCUUUUUUAAAAAUAGCUGUGACUCAGAUAGUUCUCAAACCUGUCUUACCAUGCCAUGAAAUAUGCCAUGGUGGGAGCAUGAUAUUACCUCAUUCUCAUUUGUGUUAACUCCCCUCACACAGAAACACAGAACAUUUUCCAGAAAAGUCAAGGAUAAUACUUCCUCUGUGUUAUUCUCUGUCUCCUCCAACCCUCUCUUAUUUUUCUCGCAUGUGAAAUUGUACCUUCAUUGUCAGCUAAGUAUAUAUUUUCUUUGUCUUUUUCUGGACAGAUAGGGUGCAAGCCAGCCCCUUCUAUCAGUAAGGCGAACUGGCCAGCGCUUAAGCCUGCUCAUCUCCACACGUGUACUUAAUUCUGCUCAUCUCUACACGUGCACACACCACCACACACACUCGUAGGUAUUCCCAAGCGCCCCUCCCUUCCCACUUAGCUCACUAAGUUCCAGGCUGUGCACUAACUCACCUCAGUCCGAGAGGACGAUUCUGGUACCACCUGGCCAUCUUCUUAGAUCCAAAAUUUGAAACUUGAAAAGAAAGGAAACCCUCAGAUGUAACACCCAUCCUGAGUCACCUGUAGAUCACCUCGCUUUGUACCCAUGAUGCUCACUUAGCGGCCAGAGCUGGAGAAGGUCGCUGUAGAGAGGAGGAAAACCUGGGAGUGCUAGCCUUAGUUCCCAGUAACUCUGGCAUACUUCUUAAAUAAAAAUAAAAUACAGGAAGGUCGAAUGCUUGAAGAUGGUUGAAAAGCAGCCGCUAAGGGUGUCAGUAGACUGUGACCCACAUGUUAAAAUAGCCACGUCUGCCUCCUGUCUAGAAGCAGAGGGAGAGGAGGGGGAUUAUGAAGUAUUUAAUGUUAGUCAGAACUGUUGUGUUUGAGGAUAUUGCUGUAUAAAAUUCUGCUGUAGUAGUAAAACUUCUGAUAUGGAAUAUUUUAAUUAUGCUUAAUUCCCACUUUCACACCGAGGAAAGAACAGUGCUUCCAAAAUAUUACCUAAAUGACUAAUUAGGUCAAAGGUAUCCCCAGUGGGUAGUGAUUAUGACUUCUCUUAGUGUGCCAGGAACCAACCAUUGUUUUUAGCAUACACCAGUCCCUCUAUGUAGAUUGUCUCCACUUACCUUCCCAGCAGGUAAUUGUCCUAAUCACACACUGUAACGACUUUAGACGAUCAACAUCUCAGAUAUAGCACACCUGAUAGGAAGGGAACCAAAAGUCUUUGGGGGAUUCGAGGAGGGUUACACAUUAUUUAUUCACCUGAAUAUGUCAAAUCAUAUUUUUUGUUGUUUUUCUUUCUAGUAUGUGUCACAAUAGACCAGCUGCUAUCUUUGCACUUUCUCAACAAACAUUACAGACAUCUAAUGAAAUUUUAUAACUGAAAGAAAUCUUAACGCUCCACUAAUCCAAGCCCUCAUCUUAGAAUUUAUAGGAACAAGAGGUAAAGUCUCUUGUCGACAGUCAUGACACUAGUUAGUGGCAGACCUAAGACCCACAUCUUCUUAACUCUCAAACCAGGGUUUUCUCCUACCUCACAGUUUUGGGUGUUCAUAAAUACUCUUUCAUGGGCAGAAAUGACAAGGCCUAAGAGUCAAUUACCAUUAUUGAGUGUGAGGAGUAUAGGGAUUAAAGUGACGUGACUGAUUUUUCAGUGAAAUUACUUUGUUUUCUUUAUCAUUAUCCUAUAGUACCCUGGUGGCAUAAUGGUUAGGAGCUACAGCUGCUAACCAAAAGGUCGACAGUUUGAAUCUACCAGGCACUCCUUGGAAACUCUGUGGGGCAGUUCUACUCUGUCUCCUGCAGGGUCACUCUGAGUCGGAAUUGACUCCACGGCGCCAGGUUUGGUUUUUAUCACUAUCCUGUAAGGGCUCCAGCUUUAGUUUUAGCUGGUAGCGACAUAAUAUAAAAAGAUCCUGACGAAUAAUUCAAUCCUCAUAAACCAAGUCAACAGCAUUAUUAAUUAGGAACAACAUUCCGUAGUGUAAGUUCCUGUGGCUUAUUGGUGACUACUUCACAGUUUGUGGGAAGAAGCAUUUUUUAAUAUGGUCCGUGGUGGAGGUAUAGGAACAAGACAGUUAUGAACACAGAUGCAUUUCCCUGGAGGAUGGAGCUAAUAAAAAAAACAAGAAGGAAUCAAAUACAAAUGUAGUUUUGUAUAUUUAAGUAUAUAUGGCCUAAGGGCCAAGUUUACCGUAGAUCAUAUAUUCAUGUUUAAUUAUCAAGAAUGUUUACAGCUUGUUUUUACGAAAUCCCUCUAAUGAAGGAUCCUGGCUAAGAGAUUUUAGAUUGAAGAGAUUAAAUUCCCAUCUACUUAUCUUUUAAUUAGGUUUUUUUUUUAACUAGUAUUUCUGCUAAAACCUAGGAAUGCAUUUUGUUGCUUGCAUAACUGCACGCUUCAUUUUAAACUCAAGAUUAAAUACAGAGUAGAUUGCUUUAAAUUAAUGUUAAAAAUCAUAUUAAUUUUACAUUUGUCCCUGAAAUAAAUAAUACAGGAAUUACAGGAAUUAUACUGUAUUACUCAGCAAGUGCAAAAGCUGUGAUUUGAAGAAAGCUUUAUAUUAAAAAGAGAGAUACAUAGAAAACUAUGAAAAAAUCUGGACAGACUUAAUUUUAUAAAUAUAGAAAAACUACAAUUCCAUUUUAAUUUGGAAUUAUAAUCAUACAAAAAGGGAUAAGAUAAGGUUUAUUUCUAUACUCUCAAACAGUUUGCUAGUUGCAUAGGAAAUAUAAGCAAUACUUGGGGGAAUGUGUUGGGCCGUCCUAGAAGAGAAUACUUCACGGUGCAAUUCUGAGUGCUUUAUCAACAUUCGCUGGGGUGUGUUGUGCUCAACAGAGAUGAGUUGUGUUCCCUUCAUUUAUCCUCCUGGCUUACGUGGAGCCUCAAACUUAGAAGGUGACCUCUAGGAACUAACACCGUGACCUGAGGAGACCCAUGAGGGUGGCAGCUCUGGUCAGGGGCAUGGGAGCAAUAGAGACUGGGGCAGAGAGUACAGGUAGUGAUGUAGCCCUAAAACUCUCCCCUGAGAGCCAUGGUGCUUUUUACCAACCAUUUAAAUUUGUUCUUGGUGGGUGCUGAAUCAGUAUUAGCCUCUUUCACUGAAGAGUUUUCUGAGGCACUGGUCCUCAUUGUCUGGUAACUCAGCUUUCUGAAUCAUCGAAUGAACCUAAUCGCAGCUCUCUACCUGAGACUCUCCCAGAUCGCCACUUCUUUAAGCUGACUUCCUGGAACAGGCUUCUUCACCCUCAGCCUCUCCCUAAGCUCCCAAGCAGAAAAUCCAGCCUCAUUCCUAACUAGUUUACGGGCCGUAUGGCUACUAGGCUUCCCUCUCCUGAACAGGCCAUUAGCGUAGUCAGAACAUAAGAAAAUCCCGACACUCCAGAAAGAUUUAACAGUUCUCCUCACAGCUAAGUCUUAUAAAUUAGAAUAUUUCACUGAAAUGGGGGUUAUAAAGGUCCCUAACAAGUUUUUAUGGAAACCCUGGUGGCGUAGUGGUUAAGUGCUACGGCUGAGAACCAAAGGAUCGGCAGUUCAAAUCCUCCAGGCGCUCCUUGGAAACUCUAUGGGGCGGUUCUACUCUGUCCUAUAGGGCCGCUAGGAAUCGGAAUUGACUGGACGGCACUGGGUUUGGUUUUUUGGUUUAACAAGUUUUUAUAGUUAUCAUUUAUUGCACCUUUAGAAUAUGAUCUAAUUAAAUUGCUUGAUGGAGUCUUAUGAUUGUGCUUUGCAACCUGAGGUUUCAAACAAUAGCUUUCCAUUUUAGCCCACACUCAAAAAGAGAGGGCAGGAAGUUACCCCAGCCUAAACAUUAUUAUAUAUUAUUAGGUGCCAUCGAGUCGGUUCCAACUCAUAGUGACCCUGUGCACAACAGAACGAAACACUGCCCAGUCCUGCGCCACCCUUACAAUCGUUGUUAUGCUUGAGCCCAUUGUUGCAGCCACUGUGUCAAUCCACCUUGUUGAGGGUCUUGCUCUUUUCCACUGACCCUGUACUCUGCCAAGCAUGAUGUCCUUCUCCAGAGACUCAUCCCUCCUGACAACAUGUCCAGGGUAUGUAAGACACAGUCUUGCCAUCCUUGCCUCUGAGGAGCAUUCUGGCUGCACCUAAACAUAGGUAAAACAUAAAACAAAGCAUAGAAUUUAUUUCAGCAGCUUAUCAGAGAACUUUGGCAAAAUGAUUUUAACAUCUUAAAUCAUUUUAACUCUAACCAGGCUGGGCUUAGUACAUUGUAAGGCUUGGGACUCCAAAGGAGAUACCAGAAAAUCAACCCAAACAUCUCAGUACUCUUAGGGUUCCUUAUUGGUUCUUCUAAUUUGUAAAGGAGGCUUCUGCAUCUUGAACGAAAUGGCAAGGGUAACUCGGAUAUACUUUUAAUUUACCUUAAUGUUGGAAAAUGAUACUUUUUUAAACUAUUAUUUAAUUGAGACUUGCAAUUCAGGUUGGCUUUCUCCUCCCAUUUACCUAGAAGAAUCAUAGAAUCAAAGAGAUGAUCUAAUCUGGCCACCUCAUUUUACAAAUACGUAAGCAGAGAGCUUUUUAGGUAAAAUGACUUGGGAGAAUUCACACAACUAACUUUUAGCAGGAAACCCUGGUAGCAUAGUGGUUAAGUGCUAUGGCUGCUAACCAAAAGGUCAGCAGUUUGAAUCCACCAGGCACUCCUUGGAAACUCUGUGGGGCAGUUCUACCCUGUCCUAUAGGGUCGCUAUGAGUCGGAAUUGACUCGACGGCAGUGGGUUUGGUUUUUUUUGGUUAGCUUUUUGCAGGUCACCCAUUUUCUAGACCAGCAUUCUUUUCUUAUCCAAUCAGUGUGAUAACCAGAUAUAAAUUCCUUUAGGUACAUUUUCUUUCAUUUCUUCUAUUAUUUUUUUUUAAAUUAUACAAGAACUACAUGAAUGUAUAAACCAAAAACCAAACCAAACCCAGUGUUGUCGAGUCGAUCUCACCUCAUAGCGACUCUAUAGAACAGAGUAGAACUGCCCCAUAGAGUUUCCAAGGAGCACCUGGCGGAUUCGAACUGCCAACCCUUUGGUUAGCAGCCGUAGCACUUAACCACUACGCCACCAGGGUUUCCCACGAAUGUAUAGGCAUUGUAAAUAUCCAGUUCAGAAAUAUAGAAAGUAAAAAUGAAGUUCACCUCCCUAUACCGUGCUGUCUAAUCCAUGCUCCUCUCCAGAGGUGUAACCCCUGUGAAUCAUUUGAGAAACUUUUCUGUGCAUUUACAUAAAACCAAACCCAUUGCAUUCGAGUCGAUUCCAACUCAUAGCAACUGUAUAGGACAAAGAAGAACUGCCCCACAGGGUUUCCAAGGAGCAGCUAGUGGAUUUGAACUGUCAACCUUUUGGUUAGCAGCCAAACUCUUAACCACUGCACCACCAGCGCUCCUAAUCAAAUAUAAUAGUUGAUAAUGUAGACAUUUCCAGGCCCGAUUAUGUGCCAUCAAGCUCUAUCAUAUUCUGAAGUCUGAAAGUGGAUUCCAAUAUGCAAUGUCCUGUUUUAUUACUGCCUCUACAGUCUCUGUGUUUAUACAACUGAUUGAGGUCCGUGUACUGUGAAAGAAGGAAGCGAAUGACCCACCUGAAAAAUCCAAAUAGAUUUCCUUGGCUGGGCUUCUUCGGCUCCCCCAUCUCUGCACAGGCACACAAUACUGUAGGAAGCAGGAAGUAUAGAGAAUAAGCUUGUGCAAUUCCACUCCUUAAAAAAUUAUAGCUAAUGGGGUUCUGGCAAUCUUUAUUAUUUUCCUGGUCAACUUCCUUAGCCAUCCUAAUUUUCAAGCUUCCCAUAAAAUUGAUUCACCGUAGUAGGACAAGAACUUAGCUUCCUUUGGUCACUUCUUCCUUUCCUGUCUUCUGUCUCUUUCUGAUAGUUUCCCUCUUAUUUCUGAACAUGCUUGGAAGCAGACUGGGUGAAAAUCAGGUUUUCUGGAUGGCCAGCCGUAGAGAGCAGAGCUAGCCAAGCAGUGCCUUCAUGAAGAGAGUGGAGAGGGCACAGGGAGAGAACCCUGACUUAGGAGCCUCAGGGCCUGGCUCAUAUCCCAGGCCUCGCAUCUUCAGCUGUUUGACCUUGAGUAAGUCACAUUGUUUCUCAUUUAUCCUCAUCUCUAGGAUACAGUUGUUCCCUAAGGUCGCUUCUACUUCAGACGUUGUAGUCCGUUCUUAUUUAAAUAUUAGAAAGUGGCUGAAACACAUGUAGUCAUAAAACUAAAGAGUCGCCCAGCACCUUCCUGUCCCUCCUCAUGUGAAUUCCUAUGUGUGAACGCCACACACACAUCCAACCAAGAAAAAACUGCUUCGUCGGCGUCUGGUAGGAGAUAAGCUGCAAGCGCUGCUUCUUUCCCCGAAGGACUUUAUAUAUGAAAUGCAGGGUUUAUUAAAUUUAUCAAGUGCAAUAACAAAAAAAUCUGUCGUCUGAUGUUGAGAUAGCAUCCCGGGAGCCAAGUCAGAGCACUGCAUUUGCUCACUGGCAUCAGAACAAAUCAGGAACCUGUCCUUUGGUGUGGUUUGAUUCACCGUUGAGUCGGCGCAGGUUGGCCUCUGCAGAAAUCAAAGUGUCAGAUCAGAUGGUUCAGCUGAUCCUUGAACUUACAUCUCUAGAAUUAUGUCACCCAAGAAUCGUAAGUUGCUUUGCGGCAAUGCCAUCUCUCUGCACAGCCAGAUUCUGCCAGGAGAGCUGUGCAGAUAUUUGACAGAAUGAGGGCAGGGUUCAGCAUGUCAAGGCAUGAUCUGUACACAGGUGUUAGUAAGCAGGCUUAAUUGUGACUAUCGUGGGCAUAAAAACUGUCAGAGAAAUGAAUCCAAAGAAACCAGCUGGGAGUCAGGGGCCUGAGUCUCUGUCUGUAGCUGUUAGUGGCCUUGGGCAAGUUGCCUGUGCUCUCUGGGCUCCUCACCUGUACAGUAAGAGGUCAGAGUAGAUGUUCCUUUCUGCUGUAAAGCUUUAUAGUUCUCCAUCCCACACCUACGGGUCAUGUAUAACAGGAAGUAGAAAGCAAUGUGAAUACAGUACCUUUCCUCCAAUACUUCCGGGUUAUACGUUAUCUUUUCAAACAAAGAGGAACUCCUCCAAGUCCUGGUUAGUUAUGUCUUAGUUCUGAGUGUCGUAGUUACAAAAAUCGUUUCAGGCUAUCAUCGUAUUCAUUCAUUUAUCCUUUUAUUCAUCCUGCGUACAGAGUAAGUAUAUGUGCGCAAAGUGUGACUACAAAAGAGAAUUAGAGAAAGAAAAGGUGGUUCUACCCUUCAGGACCUUUCAGACAGAUUUAAAAAACAAGUAUUCUCCUGAACUAACAGUUUCAAAAAGAAUGAUGAUAGUUCCCCCAAGUACUUAAUUACGCACAGCAGGAACCCAGAUAUUUUGCUCAUCCCAUCAUUGACUGUAACAGGUUUCAAGGAAAGUAUACUUUGUUCCAUUGAAAUUUCUGUCAUAAACAGGACCUGGGUCUCUCUGGGGGCAUAGAAUUGAUUUUUGCAAGAGGAAUUCCAAACCCUACCAUCCUUUCACAGGUGUUCCUUUGGGACAUUGGGAAGUAUCAACACCAUUUCCAACUUCUCUCUUCUGCGCUCUGUUCUUUAACCAGCAUCCUCAUUCUCUUUGUACCAGUUUUUCUCUCAGAAUGUCCUCUCAACAAAUUUUAACAAAUGCAUGCAUACUAAGAUGCAAAUAUUCAUAAGGCUUUGUGAAUCUCCUUUCUAAAGGAAAUUUGCAUUUUUUUACAAAGAAGAAAGCCUGAACGCCAACAGGAAGUAUUUCUAAUGAUUGAAUCUGGGGCAUCAGCCAGCAAGAUGGAGAAGGGCUACUUCGGUGGGCGCUGGAGGCUUCGCAGAAGCCCUUCCUGUCUCUCCACCUGUGGAUAAGCCUAAGCCACACUUGACGCAUUGCUAGUGAAGUGCUGUCCUCCUAAGCCUUUGCAGAAAUCCAAAGAAUGCUUACAAAGGCAGGUAAGAAUCACAGAUUCGGUUCCUAGACAGGAUUUUAUUUACCACAAAUGUCCCCAAUUCCAAAUUUGCUUCCCUCCUCACCAGAAACAUAUCAUUUUGGAGGCUUAUGGAAAUCAAGUAUUAAGAAAACUCUGCCUCCACCCUACUAAAUUGCACCUACGCGUCGCAAACAAAAUCACUUCCUUAGCCUACGCACGUAACUACCUAUUUCUGUUUAGGCCCGUGAUUCAGAGAAAAUCCCUGAAAAAAGCCAUGAGAGGUGACCGAUCCUAUGUCACCUGCCAUGGGCAGAACUGGGCCUGUCCGGUGGAAUCCAGCUAAAAUAAUAGAGAAGUGGGUUGAGAAUGGCCUGUUUCUUCUUCGUCCUUCCCUGCACUCACUAGUUCACAUUGGACUGCUCUUCCUGAUCAGUAAGUUAUCGUUGAGGAGAUCACCUCAGCAAGUGGUGUGCGUGUCCAAUGGAGCCCGCUCCUCUUCUCUGGAGCACCGCUGUCCUCUGUGGUUGCACCCCAGAAACCCUUGCUCCAUGCCCCCAGGACACCCCAACCUUCCUCUCCUCUUGCAAUUGCACUUGUCCUUUCAGGGAGAAAAAUCCAUUGAUAUCUUAGCCCUGAUGUUUCCCCCUCUUUCUAUCUCAGAAUAGAGAAGCCCCUCUGUAUUCGUUCCUUUUUUACUCAAACUGUAAAUAGACCCCAGGCACAAGAGACUCCGUGCUGAACUCUGUGAUUGUCCUCCCUUCUAACUGGGGAGAAGGUCAUCUGAUGAGCCAGCUGCUGAUUGAUUUCCUUUUAUCAGUAUUCCUUUACCAGUAAAUUCUUUGUUAUCUGGGUCCUCAAGUUUAUUUCAUGUUGUUGUUGUUUAGAUUAGAUUUUUGCUUACAAAAACCACUUCUCUUAUCUUAAAGCAGACCAAGAUUUUUUUCCUUCUGAGUACUUCAUAAUACAAUUUGAACAUAACGGAACCUUCUAAAAUAAAGUCAGUCAGAGGUUUCAUAAUAGCCAGUGUUAAAUGCUAGGAGAGCCAGGUAAUGUAAAGGCUUUUAAAAUAAAGACACUGGAUGGAGGAGCAUAGACUGGGCUCCUGCUGCAUGUGAUGCAUUGCGUUAGGCACUGCCCUGGCCGUCAAAAAUUUACAUUCCGGUGAUUCCGUUUAUAAAAGCUGUAAGUCAAAGUUAGCAACACCUCCAAGGAACUGUUACGUGCCCUGUUGCUCGUCUCUACAGCUGUUUUGGUUCCCCUGUGGAAUCUUACUGUUUGGGAAAAUAUGUUCUAAAUCCUAUUCUCUUGGGCCAUUAAAAAUCCUUGUUGGUCCCUAAUCAACAUAUAGUUAAGUGUGACCUUUGUAGAGUAAAAAAUGCUGCUGGCCGGCCUUCGAAGGAAAAGCCAGAAAAAUCCAUUUCACUGGCUUGAAAAGAAGUGGAAAGUUUUUUAGGCAAAGCUAACAAGUUUGUAAAAAUUUCAGAUCUGCUCGUGUUAGUUCAGGCAUGCAAUUAGGCAGAGAGAACCUUCUAGCACGGGGGAGACAGGAACUAUGUAAAGAGAUCCAAGAGACCGCAGAGGAAGAAUUAUUAGAAUACAGGCCAGGUCCACAGACUUUUAUCAGUGUGUCUGCUGAGCAAGAGUGGGGGAGGAGGUUUGGAGGCAUGGCGUGGUGAAAGAGGAUUCUGGAAAACAGAACCCUGAAACUGGCUCAUUCUCACUGAGUCGUGUGUCUCAGCCUCCUGCCUCCAAGUACAUCCUGCUGCAGUGUGUCUGGCCAACUGCUUUUUAGCAUUCCAGGAAUGAGAUUCUGCAGCCUUCCUCUGUCAUCUGUUCCAGAGCCAUUCCCCUUUGCACUUAGAAGUUCUUGCUUUCAAAGAAUGAGGAAUAGCAAGAAAUAGAGAGAAGACAGACAAGCAGAAGAGAUCAGGCCAGAGAACCCCAAUGUGAAAAGGAGCUGGGGGUGGGGAAGCAGCCUCUCAAUUUCACACUUGCUUCGUUUCACCUAAAUGUGAACAGCUGACUCCAUAGGAUAUAGGAACUUGAUAAAGUGGAGCUAGCCAUCUGGAAAUCCUGUCCUCACAGAUGCCUGUCUGGCACAGUGGAGGUUCCUGUCCUGCUCUGAGACAGCAGCGUGAACCUAGACACCCUCCCCUCCCGAGAGGAACUGUGUCUUAUUCAAAAGUCUAUAGCCUUCACCAGUCCCCCUCCCUUCCAUCCGCCACAGGAAAGUUUCAUAAGAAGGCAUGCCUUCAGUACCCACUUCAUUGUGUGUCACGCACUCUGCCAGAGUAAUUACUUCUUAUACCAAUUCUUGGAUGCAAAGAAAUCUUGGGUAGUCCAAGAGGAUUUAGAUCCAAGUCAGGUUCCAAUCUCUUACUCCAUUCAGACUUUUCCAUAUGCCUCCACCUACUGGGUCAUAUACCUGGAAGUAAGCCAGAACACCUGUCCAACCCAAAUCACCAUCUGGAAUCCCAAGCACGUUGCUCUGCCUCUGUUCUCAAGCCACGGUGUAUUUGGCCUAAUUUUACACUGUUCUUAGUUAUCUGGCUUGCCUCAGGUGCUAUACACUACAUUACACAGCACGGAGGCAAGCAGAGGCCAGGGAGGCAGACAGAAGGAAGUGGAGGUAGGAUGGCUGCAGAAACAGCCGUCAGCGUUCAGACAGAGAGUAGAGGCUAGUGAGGAGCCCCCAACAGUCAGCUAGCCAUCACUCUCCACAUUUGGGGCCAUAGCAUGGCAAACACACUCCUCUUACCUUCAUCCCCCAGGGUUUCCCCAGAGGUGGCUCUCCCCUCACUUCUUCCCCACCGCCUCCCUCCCUCCAGUCCCAGGCUUUCGGUCUGUGGAAGAACAAAGUCCUUUCCUGUUUGGGACCCAGGUGCACCUUGGGAUGAGUUUUGACUGAAACGAACGCAGUUGAACACAACUUGAGUUCUCACUGCCAGAGUGAAAUAGUGACCCAGCAGGCUGCAGUAGCCUCCCCACCUCCAGGGAGCGUAAGUAAGACAGUUGGUCAGCACUGUCCCAGAUGGCCAAGUCGGGGGAUGGACCAGAUAAAGUCUUGAGAUUCCUUCCGGCUCCAAGACCUGGCUUUAAAAUACAAACCCCAAGAUACAGGUUUAUGUAGACGCUCCUUGAUGGCAGGUGCUCCGCCUUCUUUUACACCCCAUGUCCCUGGGCAAACUCUUCUCCCAGCAGGAGGGAUGGUGCAAACAGGAAGGGGUGCAGGGAGGGGGCUUACAUCUGCCCACUCUGAGACUUGAUGCUGGGCGUGUGUGUGCAGCCACUGGCCUGGCUCUGCAACCCGGUGCGUCUAUGCAACGGUCAAAACGUGAGUGUGUGAUAAACUCUCGUCUGAAGCUUAUUGCAAUAGCUUACUAAGUGUUCUGUGUGUUUUUAACUAAUCCUUACCAUGUAAAGGUUGUAUUAUUACAUUUUAAUAAAACAAAUUUUUUUGCAUUUUACUUUUUGUAAAAUUUGGAGUUUUAUAGAUUUUUAUUUUGUGACCAGGUAUACUUUUGUAAGGAAAUGUUGAAGUCUUGAGUACUUUUAUUCUUUUAAAAUGGUAGUUAAUGUCAGCUGUAAACACUGAUAAAUAUUACUCAUAUGCAAUUUUCCUUGCUUUGAAUCGUGACUUUUUUAAGAAACUGUUCUGGCAUAAUAUUUUGUUUGACAUGCUGCUUCAUUUCACACCUGGUGAAUACUGAAGAUUUUGAAAAUAAAGACGCAUUUAAAAUCUCUGUGCUGUUGCAGUGUAGAAAUGGUGAUGUGCUUUGCCUUACCAAAGUGAUAAUUAAAUGUUUAACGGCUUAGAACUCCUAGUUCAAAACGGGGGUUCUAGUCAUUACUCCCAGCGCGUGAGCUUCCAAAUAAGCCUCUCGUUUCUUUGGAAAACGCUUAUUAAAAUGGCGAUCUCCCGUUCAAUUAGGGAGUGUGGUUUUGUUGACAUAAUGGUUACAGUCCUUGUGGUUUUGCAAUAAAUGUGUAUUGAAAGCACUCGUGAUAACGUGGUCUGCAUUUUGUUUUUAAUCAAACUCCAAAUGGCAGUUAGAAGUGGAGCCAAAGCUGCCGGAACGUUUGAGCAGCAAAAUGUGGUGGGAAAAAAAAAAAAACAGGAGCUUGGGUACAGACAAGCUGGGCCAAAUCCUGCUCGUGCACUGAUGAGCCCUGGGCUGGGAAUCUCUUCAUCUCUUGGAGAUUCCAUGUCCUUGUCCCUUAAAAAAAAAAAAAAUUUAAGGACGGGGAGAAUCAUCUUUGCCUCACUUGACUUUUGUGGUGAUGAAAUAAAUUGAUGAACAUAAAGCACCUGGCACAUUUUGGGUGCAUAAUAAAUGUCAUUUGCCUUCUUAACUUCCCCCCUCUUCCCCCCUGUCUUGUAUCCCUCCCAGAGUCUACUCAGUAAACACUGGCUGGCUGAAGCACACAGUGUGUCUGUCUUUUGCCAUUCAGGAAGCAGAAUUCUUGCUCGAAUUUUUUGGGGAAAAAAAAAUUUUUUUCCCAUUACGAAAGAAUACACAGUUAACUGAGGAAAUUUUUCAAAAUACAGAAAAGUACAAUGGCUUAUUUACUUCUUGCCAUAAAUAUUUUUUUUUAAUAUAGCACAGAUCAUACUGAAUUUUUGUUUUAUAUCCUAGACAUUAUAUUGUGAACAUUUUCACAUGACAAGGGAAACUUUUUAUGAUUUGAAAUAUUUAAUUCUAUUGCUGGAUGUUAAGGUUGACUCUGGGGAGAUGGGAUCUGGGAAAUAUGUCCUUGUAUAUUUAUUUUUGUCCUAGUUUCUUAUUAUUUUCUUAGAAAAAAAGCCUAAAAGGAGAAUUAUUUUAACUAUGAAAAGUUUUAGCUCCUGACCUGUAUCCCCUGAUUAAAUGAACCCUUUAUCCAACUCCCUUAGUGUCCACCAGCAAAUGAGUUAGUUUCAGGGAUUCUGCUUUGGUGGGAAAGGUGACAAGGAGGGUGACACUCCCCCUUCCCCUUCCUGUACUUUCCUUCACUUCUCAUGAACCACACACCUUUGGUAUGGACCGGCCUUGAUUCAACCUGUUAGUUCUUUCUUAUAUCAAAACACUGGCUCUGAUGAUCUUUAAGAGCCUGGCUUCUGAGUUCUAGCAGAUAAAAGGGAGGAAGGAAAUGUAGGAGGUGAGGGAGAAGAGGAGGGGAAUUGCCAAGUCUAGAUAAAUGGUGGGAAGGCCUAUAUGCGAUGCUUAUGACUAAUGGUGUCUUAGAGAGCUGUUUCACGCAUAAUUUACUGUACUGGUAUUAUUUGUACUUUCAAGGGAAGCUAGGGCAUUUUUGGGAAUUUUGUCAAAGAAGCAGUUUUUUAAGUUGAAGAUCAUAUUUUCAAUAUUUAUUUUGACAUACCAGUGAUUCAGAUGGCAGAAACAAGCCUUAAACCCCAGUGCUUACCUCAGAAACAACAACAAUAAUAUUGGGUGUUUGCUUUAUGCCUGAUAGUAUUCUAGGCAUUUUCCAUGCCUCCUCUUCUUCAGAGCUCACAGCCAACUUAUGAGUAGGUUCUAUUAUUCACUCCAUUUUGUCCAGGAAGAGCAGCUGGUGUACAGUGGAGCUGAAGCUGAGCCUAGGCUGUGUGACCACAGAGCCCCAUACGCCAACCACUAAGUAGUAGGUUCUGGGUAACAAUUUGCCAAACAAGUGAAACAGCUUUUCCAAGGGCAGGUAAGGGGGCACAAACCUAGUAUUUGUCUGACUUUGUGUCAAGCCCUUUUAUAUAAUCAACUUACUCUCCACAAAAUCCCCGUGAGGUAGGUGUUCCUACUUCCACUUCACAGAUCACAUAGCUGAUAAGUGAUGGGUCAGAAUUCAAAAGUUCAGGAUCACCCUUCUGUGUCAGUGGCCUUCAAAUCAGGGCAUAUGUACAAAGAGACUCACAGGAAUGAUAGGUUUAAGGAAACCAAGCUCUGUCUUCCUAAAACUUAUCUGAAAUUGCUCCUGUUAACAAGGGGUCGUGGCUGUGUCCUCCUUUCUCUUACAUUCUUCCUUCUACUUCAGACACAAAUGGCGUAUCACUCAUAAUUAGUAAUAUUAGGAAGGUUGUGGGAUGUAAAAUCCUCCUAGCUGCAAAAAAAAAAAAAAAAAAAAAAGGAGGAGACUAAGAUGAAUCUACACGUCCGAGAAAUCUAUUCUGUCAGAGUUGGGAGCAAGAUGGUGGGAUAAGCAGCUCCACACUCCCAUAUCCCACAAAAACACCCAAAAAAUGGCAAGCAGAAACUGGCAGAAUCAACUUUGUCAGAACUCUGGGAACCAGUCAAAGGGUUACAGCAACUAAGCAAAUGCUGAAUCAGGGAAAAGGCAAUCUUUAGAUGGUAGGAAAUCUUUGUUUUUCUACUCAGCUGCACCCCACCACCUCACCAGGUUGGUGUGGCUGUCUUAAAUCAGAGGCUUGCAAGAAACUCCUUGAGAGGGAGCUUGGUCUCUGGGUCUUGGCACAGAAGAGCAGACUUUAUUCACAAAUGAUUGUGUGUCUGUUAUAACAUCUCUGGGGACAGCCUGAAGGACUGAAGGAGGUGUUCACCUUCGUUUGGCCUAUCUUGGAAUUCACGUAGGGAUGAAGGCAGUGGUCCAUAACCUAGGGCUAAAACCACCUGUAGCCAGCACUUGGGGCUAAAGAACGUUAUUCAGGUAUGUAAUAAGUCCCUAAAGACUGAAUGAAGAAGCCAGGGAAAGAGAUUCUUUCAUAAAUUAAGGCUUUUAAGUGCAUCCUAGGCCACACACAUGCCUAGGACAAGACACAUGCUCAGAAACUACCUGAGAAGACCCUAAACUUUUACCUCAAUCUGAUCCCUAGGCUCAUUGCAAGUCUGGAUAAGUGUUGAAGGAGGCACAGACACAGAGCCAAUAUUCAAAGACCAGAUGAGUUCCCCAAUAUGCAAUGACUAGGAGAGUCCCCCAUCCCUCAGCAUUCAAGGAAAUCUCUAUCAAAACACUUGCUUAACACAAGCUAAGAAACUGAGACUUCAGUGUCCAUACAAGUCCAAGAAAAUUGUUUCCUCACAAAUAGGGGAAGUCACUAAACAAAUGGAUGACUACAGACUUGAACAAUUUAAAAACAAACAGCAAAUAAUGGGGAAGCGAAAGAAUCUGAUUUCCAGAUUUAUCAUGUUAUAAUAUUCAAAUGUCCCAGUUUCAACAAAAACAAGAAAAGAAAAUCACAUGACAUCCAAAGAAACAAGAAAGAAUAGCCCAUUUAAAAGAAGAAAAUAAAGUGAUAGAAACUAUCUUCAUGGAAGCCCAGAUAAUGGACUAGUUACUAGACAAAGACUUUAAAACAACAGUAUUAAAUAUACUCAAAGAGUUAAAGAAAAACGUGGACAAAGAACUAAAAGAAAUCAGGAAAAAUGACACAUGAACAAAAUGAGUAAAUAAAUAAAGAGAUAAAACCCAAAAGAACCCAUUGCCAUCUAGUCAAUUCCAACUCAUAGCGACCCUAUAGGACAGAGUAGAGCUGCCCCACAGAGUUUCCAAGGAGCGCCUGGUGGAUUUGAACUGCUGUUCUUUUGACUAGCAGCCAUAGCUCUUAACCACUAUGACACCAGGGUUCCCAAAAAAGAGAUAGGAAUUAUAAAAAGGAACCAAACAAAAAUACUGGAGCUAAGAGAUACAAUAACUGAAAUGAAAAAUUACCUGGAAGGGUACAAUAGCAGAUUUGAGCAGGCAGAGGAAUUAGCAAACUUGAAGGCAUGACAAUUGAAAUGAUUAAGUCUGAGGAGUGAAAAGAAAAACUAAUGAAGAAAAGUGAAUGGAGCCUAAGGGACUUCACCAAGCAGUGGGACAUCAUAAACCAGAUCAAUAUACACAUUAUGGGAGUUCCAGAAAGGGAAGAGAGAGACAAAGGGGCAGAAGAAAUGUUGACAAAAUAAUGGCUGAAAAAUCCCCAAAUUGAUGAAAGACAUGAAUAUACAAGACGCUCAAGAAAGUCCAAGUAAGAUAAAGUCAAAGAGAUCCACAGUAAGACAUAUUAUAGUCCAACCCUCAAAAAGCAAAUAUAGAGAAUCUUGAAAGCAGCAAGAGAGAAAGAAGCAAAUUGUCACAGACAAGGGAUCUUCAAUGGGAUUAAGUGCUGGUUUCUCCCUGAAACCAUGGAGGUCAGACACAGUGUGAUGACAUAUUUAAAAUGCUGAAAGAAAUGUCAAUCAAAAAUUCUAUGUCCAACCAAACUUCAAAAAUGAGGGUGAAAUAAAAACGUUCCCAGAUAAACAGAAUCUAAGGAAGUUCAUUACAAGGAGACCUGCCCUACAAGAAAUGCUAAAGGCAGUCUUUCAGGUUGAAAUGAAACGACAAGAGAGAGAAGCUCAAAGCCAUAUGAAGAAAAAAAGCUCUCCAGUAAAGAAAGUACCAAGAAGUCUUAGAACAAUUGAGCCACUGCAGCCAGCAACAGAUCUUGCAAGUCCUACCUUCAGUAUCAUCUCUCAGGAGGUUGGCUCACUGAAGAAAGUCACCUCUUCCUAGGCCACUGACUUUCCCUGUAAUCAAGGAAUAACACUCAAAAAAAACAGGAAUAGAAGGGAAAUUCCUCAAUAUGAUAAAGGGUAUUUGCGAAAAAAAAAAAAAAAAACCUACAGCUAACAUCAUAUUCAGUGGAGAAAGACUGAGAGCUUUCCUCUUAAGAUCAGGAACAAGACAUGAAUGCCUACUCUCACCACUGCUAUUCAAUAUUGUACUAGGAGUCCCAGCCAGAGCAAUUAGGCAAGAAAAAGAAAUAAAAGGUAUCCAAAUUGGGAAGGAAGAAGUAAAACUAUUCCUAUUUGCAUAUGAUGUGAUCCCAUGUAUAGAAAGUUCCAGAGAAUCCUCAAGAAAGCUACUAGAGCUAAUAGGUUAACUCAGCAAAGUUGCAGGAUAAAAGGUCAACAUACAGAAAACAGUUGGGUUUCUAUACACCAGCAAUGAACAAUCUGAAAAGUAAACUAAGAAAAAAAAUCCAUUUACAAUAGCAUCUAAAAGAAUAAAAUACCUGGGAAUAAAUUUAACCAGGCAGGUGAAAGACAUGUACACUAAAAACUAUAAAACACUGCUGAAAGAAAUUAAAGGAGACCUAAGUAAAUGGAAAUAAACAUUGUGUGUUCAUGGUUUAGAAGACUUAACAUUGUUAAGACGUCAAAGCAAGCUACAGAUUCAAUACAGUCCCUAUCAAAAUUGCAACAUUACAGAAAUGGAAAAGCAAUAUUCAAAUUUACAUGGAAUUGUAAGUGGACACAAAUAGCCAAAGCAGUCUUGAAAACAGAAAAAAAAAAUAGGACUCACACUUAUCAAUUUCAAAACAUGCUAUAAAGCUACAGUAAUCAAAAUAUUCUGCGAUAAGCCAAUGGAAUAGAAUUGAGAUUCUCGAAAUAAACCCAUGCAUAUAUGUCAAUUGAUUUUUGACAAGGGUGUUAAGUCCAUUCAAUGGGGAAAGAAUAGUCUCUUCAAUAAAUGGUGCUGGGACAACUGGAUAUCCACAUGCAAAAGAACGAAGUUGGACUUAUACCUCAUACCAUAUGAAAAUUAACUCAAUGGAUCAAAGACCUAAAUGUGAGAACUAAAACCAUAAAACUCUUGGAACAAAACAUAGGGGUAGAGCUGCAUGACCUAGUUUUCAACAACGGAUUUUUAGAUAUGACACCAAAAGUAUGAGAAACAAAAGAAAAAAAUAGAUUAAUUGGACUUCAUCAAAAUUAAGAACAACAAAAAAAGUCAAUCAAAGAACUAUAUCAACAAAGAAGAGAUAUCCUAUAGAACAGGAGAAAAUAUUUGCAAAUCAUAUAUCUGUUAAGGGUCUUCUACCUGGAAUAUAUAAAGAACUCCUGUAACUCAACAACAAAAAAAACAACCCAAUCAAAAGAUGGACAAAGGACUUGAACAGACAUUUCACCAAAGAAUAUAUAUAAAUGACCAUUGAGCACAUGAAAAGAUACUUAAUGUCAUUAGUCAUUUCUUCUUGUUGUUAGUUGCCACUGAGUUGAUUCUGACUCAUGGAAACUCCAUGAGUGCAGAGUAGAACAGCUCCGUAGAGUUUUUAAGGCUGUGACCUUUCAGAAGUAGAUUGCCAGGCCUGUCUUCCAAGGUGCCUCUGGAUGGGCUCAAACUGCCAAUAUUUUGGCUAGUAAUUGAGGGCUUAACUUUGCACGACCCAGGAACUCCUCAUUAGCCAUUAAGGAAAUACAAAUGAAAUCCACAAUGCAAUACCACUUCACCCUUACUAGAAUGGCUAUUAUCAGGAAAAUGGAAAACAACAAGUGUUGACCAGGAUGUGGAAAAACUGGAACCUUUAUCCCUUGCUGGUAGGAUUGUAAAAUGGUACAGUUGUUGUGGAAAACAGUUUGAUAGUUCCUGAAAAUUUAAACAUAAUCAUAUGAUCCAGCAACUCCAUUGUUAGGCAUGUAUCCAAAAGAAUUGAAAGGAGGGAUCCAAACAGAUACAUGAACACCAGUGUUCAUCGCAGCUCUAUUUACAAUAGUCAAAAGGUGGAAACAACCCAAGUGUUCAUCAACAGAUAAAUGGAUAAAUAAAAUGUGGUAUAUCCACACAAUGGAAUAGUAUUCAGCCAUAAAGAGAAAUGAAGUUUUGACACAUUCUAUGACAUGGAUGAACUGUGAAAACAUACUGGGUGAAAUAAGUCACACACAAAAGGACAAAUAUUGUAUGUUCCCAUUUACAUGAAAUAUCUCAGUGGCGUCACUAGGGUUGCUGUCACCCAGUUUGGUAACUCAUGGCAUCACCAUCCCUCACCCCCAUGGACCUCC